AUGGAUAAUAAAUACAAAUAGUAAGAAAUUCAUUCAUUUUUGGAUCAACACAAAAAGAAAGGUGGCAAGAAGAAUGAUUAAUAUUGUUAUGGAUAAUUAAAGUAAUCAAAUUGAUUUAUUUUAAGGUUUGGCGAUGUACAAAAUAAAAUUAGAAAGAUUUCAUUAAAAACCUUUUUUGGCAAUCCAGAAUUUGAAAUAUUUUGUAUUCGAUUUGAUUUUGAGGAUCAACUUAUAGCAGCAGGUAUUAAAAAUUGUUAAAUUAAGGUUGUUCGGAUGGGACAGUGAAAAUAUUUAAUAUAGCCACAGGUAAGGUUAGGAUUAAUAUUUCUUAGGGAAAUUAGCAUUUAAUCUACAAGGAUCAUCAGAAGGAUCGACUCCAACAACAAGUAUUAGAUGGAGAAAUGAUUGUGCAAAUAAAGUUAAAAGUGUAGUAAUAAAUGUGAAUUCUGAUGGAUCAAUUAUGUUUUGGUAGGCUUAAACAGGGAAAUAAUUGCAUAGACUUAUAGAAAAGAAUAAUUAAAUAUUAUGUAUGGAUUUAAGAUAAGAUGGAGAAGUAUUUGCUACUUCAGGAAAAGAUUGUAAAGUACUUAAAUCUAAAAUUAUCUAGAUUCGAAUUUAUGAUGAUGAAAAAAAAGAAAUUAUUCAUACAUUUGAUUCAGCUGAUUAGUAAUAAAUAUCCUUAAUACUUAGUAAUUAAAUUGGACAUUUGAAUAGAGUAUUCGCUUUAAAAUUCUUGGAGGAAUUUCCAACCACUCUUCUUUCUUGUGGUUGGGAUGGUAAUCUAGUGAUUUGGGACCUUAGAGACAAAAGAAGUGUUGGAUCUAUAUAAGGACCUCAUGUAUCUGGAGACAGCAUAGAUUUUAGGUAUAUGCCUAUGAAUUAAUUUAUUUAAGGAAUGGUUAAAUUCUUACUGGUUCUUAUAGAACAAAUAAUUAAUUACAACUCUGGGAUUUUGGUAAAAGAUCAUUGAUUAAAAAUAUCCAAUGGGAUGAUAAAGAUUCUGAUAACUCUUAUAUAUACUCUUGUUAAUUUAGUAAGAUAAAUGGAGAUACAAUAUUGGCAGGCAGUUGUGGAAAGCAAGAAGUAAAAUUGUUUGACAUAAAUGAUAAUUAUGAAGUAUGUGGAUGGAUAAGGGAUUUAUAAGAAGGUUGAUCUACAUCAAUAUAAAUAGGAAUAUAUUGUGUUGAUUAUGGGAAUAAAUCAAACAAAUUUGCAUUUGGAGGUGGAGAAGGAGUGGUCUACAUUUGUUAAUUGA